UGUCCCAGCCAAAGAUCAGAGGAAUUCAGAGAGAAAGAGAAGGGACAAGUGUCAGGCUGAGGCAGGCCCUUGGGGAGUGGGGUCAAGUUUUCGGGAAUUCCUAACUCCUCUCAGAAGAGGUGGCUGCUGUCCAGUGUGGCCCGAGCAGCAUCGGCUAAGUGCCUGGAGUCUCCACAUUGCUGCCUCCCUUCUGUGGCUUGCAGCUGCUGUCUCCAGGGGCCCCGGACAAGGUCUCACUCCGGCUCAGCCCCACUCCCGAAAUUGAAAUCGGGGGUGGAACUCACUGCACCCCAAAAACCAUGGGACCCAGGAUAGGGCCAGUGGGUGAGGAGGCCCAGAUGCCAGACAAGGACACCAAGGCCAUGAUGAGUGUGGAAGACACACCUGGAGGCAAAGCCUGCCCAAACCCUCAGGACUUGCGGCCAAGUGUGUUCUACAGCAUCAAGUUCUUCGUCCUGUGCCACAGCCUGCUGCAGCUCGCACAGCUCAUGAUCUCCGGCUACCUCAAGAGCUCCAUCUCCACGGUGGAGAAGCGCUUCGGUCUCUCCAGUCAGACCUCAGGGCUGCUGGCUGCCUUCAAUGAGGUGGGGAACACAGCCUUGAUUGUGUUUGUGAGCUACUUUGGCAGCCGGGUACACCGGCCCCGACUGAUCGGCUAUGGGGCUGUCAUUGUGGCCCUGGCAGGCCUGCUCAUGAGUCUCCCACACUUCAUCUCGGAGCCAUACCGCUACGACCAUACUAGCCCCGUAGACAUGCCACAGGAUUAUGAGGCUUCUCUGUGCCAGCCCACAACCUUGGUCCCAGCCCCAACCCCAGCCCCCUCCAACAGCAGCUGCUCAAGCAACACGGAGGCCCAGCAUCUGGCUGUGGUGGGGAUCAUGUUCAUGGCACAGACCCUGCUUGGUGUGGGCAGUGUGCCCAUUCAGCCCUUUGGCAUCUCCUACAUCGAUGACUUUGCCCACAACAGCAACUCACCUCUCUACCUUGGGAUCCUAUUUGCAGUAACCAUGAUGGGCCCAGGUAUGGCCUAUGGACUGGGCGGCCUCAUGCUGCGCCUUUAUGUAGACAUCGACCGGAUGCCAGAAGGUGGUAUCAGGCUGACCUCAAAGGACCCCCGAUGGGUGGGUGCCUGGUGGCUGGGAUUCCUCAUCUCUGCUGCUGCAGUGGCCCUGGCCGCCAUCCCCUACUUCUUCUUCCCCAAGGAGAUGCCCAAGGAGAAGCAUGAGCUCCGCUUUCGGCGAAGGGUCUUGGCAGCCUCAGCCUCAACGGUCAGCAAGGGUGAAGAUUCUCCCUCUGAGAAGAGCCCGGGGGCAUCCCAAGAGAAGCACGAUGGCCUCGCCCAGAUUGCACCAGACCUCACAGUGAUCCAAUUCAUCAAAGUGUUCCCCAGGGUGCUGCUGCGGACCCUGAGCCACCCCAUCUUCCUGCUGGUGGUCCUGUCCCAGGUGUGCACGUCGUCCAUGGUGGCAGGCAUGGCCACCUUCCUGCCCAAGUUCCUGGAGCGCCAGUUUUCCGUCACAGCGUCCUACGCCAACCUGCUCAUAGGCUCCCUCACCAUCCCUUCGGCCAUCAUGGGCAUCGUGCUGGGGGGCGUCCUGGUCAAGCGCCUCCACCUGGGCCCCAUGCGGUGUGGCAUCCUUUGCCUGCUGGGGGCGCUGUCCUGCCUACUUCUCAGCCUGCCCCUCUUCUUCAUGGGCUGCCCUACCCACCAGAUCGCAGGCAUCACCCGGCAGCCUGGCAGCGACCUGCCUGGACCGGAGCUGUUUCCAGCCUGCUCAGAGCCUUGCUCCUGCCCAUUGGAUGACUUUAAUCCUGUCUGUGACCCUAGAGCCCAUGUGGAAUACCUCACACCCUGCCAGGCAGGCUGCACAAGUCAGGUGGCCCAGGAAGCUCUGGACAAAAGCCAGGUUUUCUACACCAAUUGCAGCUGCGUAGCGGGGGGCGGCCCCGUGUCAGCGGGCUCCUGUGACUCAGCCUGCAGCCACCUGGUGCUGCCCUUCAUGUUCCUGGUCAGCCUGGGUGCCGCCCUGGCCAGUCUCACCCACACACCUUCCUUCAUGCUCAUCCUAAGGGGAGUGAAGAAAGAAGACAAGACGCUGGCUGUGGGGAUCCAGUUCAUGCUCUUGAGAGUUUUGGCCUGGAUGCCCAGCCCUGUGAUCCACGGCAGUGCCAUUGACACGACCUGUGUGCACUGGGCCCAGAGCUGUGGGCGUCGGGCCGUUUGCCGCUACUAUGACCACGACUUGCUGCGAAACCGAUUUAUUGGCCUCCAGUUCUUCUUCAAGACAGGAUCCCUGGCCUGCUUUGCCUUGAUUUUGGCCAUCCUAAGGCAGCAGGUCAAAGAGGAGGGGACCCAGGUGACCGUAUCCACCUCUGGCCCACAGCAGCAGCUGUUAGCAUCAGGGCCAGGAAAGAAGCCUGAAGAAUCCAGUGUGUGAGCCGGCCCUAGAGCAGCAGUCAUAGAGAGUACCUCCUCUGGGCCCUUUGCCCAAUUUUGGGUGUCAGGAACCCUGUUUUCCAAUUCUGACGCCUCUGCUAACUUGUUAUGUGACUUCAAGCAAGUCACUGACCCUCUCUGGGCCUUUGUUACUCAUCUGAACCAAAGAGUUAUCUAGGGGUUUGGUGUGUUUGGUCACUUCCAAAGCACAAUGGCCUUCCCCCUUCCUCCCCCAGCCAGACAGGCUGACCUGAGCCAGACUUUCCUGAUGGAAGGACUGUAUAUCUCUCCCCCAGGCCCUAGGAUAGAGAAGUAGACAACAGUAGGCCAGGCUGGUUCUAGCCCAGCUCUGCUGUUUAUGUGGAGCACCUUACACUCUCUGGGCCUCAGCCACCAUCUCUGACAGGUGGAAAUGGACUUGCCAGCUUUCAGGCCCUUUCCAGCUAUGGCCAGCUGUGUGGUCAGGAUGGACUCAGGUCUCCUCCCCAGCCCCAGGCAGUCUGGAGGUGGGGCCAGGACAGCCUGUCAAGAAAUGUCCACUUGGCGCCCCCUGGAGGCAGAGCGCUGAGGUGAGGGGGAGGCCCCCACUAGGAGGAAACUGGCCUCUCUGAGUAUCCAGGCUGGUCAGGGCCUUCUGCAAGCCUGGUGUGAGGGGCCCCUGGGGGACUUAGCUGAGGGGGAAGGCUCACUCUGUAGACUCAGGAAAUCCCAGUCCUUGCCCUCAGGGAGCCACAGUCUGGAUGAGGCCUGGUCUCUGUGUUAGGAAAUCCAGUGGGGAGGUGGAUCCAGGCCCCACACUUGGGUAUUUUCUGACUUCAAAGACCAAACACACUUAGCGCACAUCCACUGAUACUUAUGCAUUGCCAAGACUUCCCACAUUUGACCAGCGCCGCUAAAACCAUCAUGAUCCUCAUUGACUAGACUCCUAAUUUCACCAUUUCCUUCCAGGUGCCUGAAUCUAUGUCACCUAGCACUAUGUAGAUAAUGUCUGGUUCUGUCAUAACCAUGUUUUAGGGGUAACAUCUGGUUCUCUGUGAUGCCUGGGUUGGUGUAAAGACCUGUUCUUUGUAAGGCUGAGGCCUGUAACGUCCAGCUCUCUGUAAUGAGUGGAUCUGUAGAAUGCUUGGGUCUGACCAACUGGUCCUUGUCUUGUUUUAUGGCCAAUCUUAUUCGGCCUGGUUAUCCCCACCAGGAAGGAGGAGGGAGUUUCCUGAUCUACUCCAGCCCAUUUUGUUGCCACUACACACCUGACCUGACCAGGACCUACUACUUGGUAGGCAGGAGACAGAGCUGUGGGCAGCAGCUUCCCAAGCCCUGUGUCCAACCCUGUGUUGGAAGCAGGGGAGAAGCCGAGGGCCGAUGGGGGUAGUGGGGGCACAUGUGGUUCUAGCCCUCUGAGCAGCUCCUGUAGCAGGGCCUUGAGGUUCUCCUUGAGGUGAAAGAAGAAGAAGAGGAGGGUACAGAAGUUCUAACUCCUAUUUUGAUUCUACUGGUUGAUACCUUUAAAUGUUUUAUAAAUAUCUGAGUCUGUAUUUAUCAAUGCCAAGAAUUUCAAAAUUUCCUCCAACAAGAUGAAGCAGUUCCCAUGUUAAUAUUCCUUCUCAUUCCUUCUCAUUCCCUCCUGUUUCCCAGGUUUUGCAGAAAUAAUCUGGAAUUAUAGACACAGCUUAUUAUUAAAUUUGUUCUUGCAUAAUG